AGCCACUGCCCCGCGUCUGCGUGUCCGCCAUGCGCGGCAUGUGGCGGGAGGAGAAGGUGGCGCUCUACUGCGACGAGGUGCUGCAGGGCUGUAAGGCAGAAGAUGCCGAUGAGGCUAUGAGUAACUACCUAUCAGGAAAAUUAAAGUUGAAAGACAAAUGGCUUGGAGUCUGGAAGACUAAUCCUGAGUUAUUCUUUCUCAAAUAUGAAGAAGCUUCUAUCCCUUUUGUUGGUAUACUAGUUGAGGUUAAAUAUUGUGGGAUAUAUGAUGUCAUACAUUUGAUUCCCUUAAAGGCAACUUGUACACCACGCCAAAGCUCAACAUCUUGUUUCAGAGUGACUGUUUCUGUUGCUGAGCCUUUUUCUUCUAAUAUUGCGAAUAUUCCAAGGGAUUUGGUUAAUGAGGUUUUAGAAGAACUAGAACAUAGUGUGCCUCUUUUGGAAGUAUACCCUGUUGAAGGACAAGAUUCUGAAAUACAUGAUAUUGCUUUGGCCUUGGAAGUUGUAAGGUUUUUUUAUGACUUUCUUUGGAGAGACUGGGAUGACGAAGAAAGUUGUGACAAUUAUACUGCUUUGAUUGAGGAAAGAAUUAAUUUGUGGUGUGAUAUACAAGAUGGAACAAUACCUGGUCCUAUUGCACAACGUUUCAAAAAAACUUUGGAAAAAUAUAAAAGCAAGCGUGUCGAGCUCAUUGAGUAUCAGAACAAUAUUAAAGAAGAUCCCUCUGCAGCAGAGGCUGUUGAAUGCUGGAAAAAAUACUACGAGAUAGUAAUGCUCUGUGAAUUAUUGAAAAUGUGGGAAGAUUUACGCCUUCGAGUCCAUGGACCUUUUUUUCCAAGAAUUCUGAGGCGUAGGAAAGGAAAAAGAGAUUUUGGAAAGACUAUUACACAUAUUGUAGCAAAAGUGAUGACUACUGACAUGGUAAAGGACUUAUCUUCAGACACGUUUCUCCAACAGCAUGAUGAUUUGGAUUUGGCUUUGGAUAGUUGUUACAGUGGAGAUACAGUUGUUAUUUACCCAGGAGAAUAUCAAGCUGUAAAUCUUGCUUUAUUGACGGAUGACAUCAUUAUAAAGGGAGUUGGAAAGAGAGAGGAAAUUAUGAUUACUUCUGAACCUUCUCAUGACAGUUUUGUGGUAUCCAAAGCUGAUAAUGUGAAACUAAUGCAUCUAUCUUUGAUACAACAAGGGACAGUGGAUGGUAUUGUGGUGGUGGAGUCUGGCCACUUGACUCUGGAGAACUGCAUAUUAAAAUGUGAAGGAACAGGAGUGUGUGUUCUUACCGGGGCCUCUUUGACAAUUAAGGACAGUGAAAUAACUGGUGCCCAGGGCGCUGGUGUUGAGCUGUAUCCUGGCAGCACAGCCAUUUUGGAAAGGAAUGAAAUUCAUCACUGUAAUAACUUCAGAACCAGUGACAGUUCAAAAAGUAUCUUAGGUGGAGUUAAUAUGAAGGUUCUUCCAGCGCCCAAAUUGAAGAUGACUAAUAAUCAUAUUUAUAACAACAAUGGCUAUGGAGUAAGCAUUCUCCCACCAACUGAACAGUUCUUUAUUGUGGAAGCCUUCAACAAAGGCGCUGCUUCAGGAGACAAAAAAGAUGAAAACAGGCUCUCCAAAGUAAUGCAAAAUCUAAAUCUGGAGAUGAGUGACAAUCAAAUGGAAGCAAACGUAAAGGGGGAUAUGAGAAUAGUCACAAGUUAAAGACUGGGUUUAUGUUCAAGUUUUGUAUUUCAGAGUUGUUCAAUAAACCUCAUCUCCCAAAGAAACGGUGUUCUAAUUAAAUUCAACUUAUUUCAUUAAAAACAUUUAAACAUUCUAAUGCUCUUUCAUUGAAUGAUUCACUUUGAUUUUAAAAAUACAGGCCAUAAAAUUCAUCCUUUUAGGUAUAUAAUUCAGUGGUGAUUAGUAUAUUUUUAGUAUAUGGUACCACCAUCAUCAUGAAUUCUAAAAGCAAAUGUGGUUUUAAACAUUGCUUUUAAUACUUAGUCCAAUAAACAGCAUUAGAAGUGUUCUAUGUAGAGAAUAGAAAGAAAUUACAGCUAAUUCCUGAUCCAUUCCCAUUUAUAGGUGCUAGUAACUGGAAUAAGGUUAGACAGACCCACGUAUAACCUAGGAUCAGGUUCAGCUGCAGGAAAUAAAUUCAAAACAAGAGAGGUAAACAACAUAGAGGUGUAUUUCCCCCUCAUAUUCAAGAAGUCCAGAGGUGUCAGCUUAGGGUAGUAGAUAUUCCAUGUGGCUAGUGUAGGGCUGGUAAGUGUAGCUGUUCCGUGCUAGAAAUUCAAGUUUCUUCCGUCUUGUUUUACCAUCACAUAGUUUCCAUUCAAAAUCAGCACAUGGUCCAACGUAGCAAUGGUUGCUCAAGCAUGAUGUCUGAAUUCCAGCUAUGCAGAAGGGAUAGGGCCUGUCUAUUAAGCCACACACGUGUUUCAACUUUCAUGCCUCCUCCAGGUAGAAUCUAAUCAUAGGGCUACACCUAACUGCGAUGAAGGUAGGGAAUGAAGUCUUUAAAUUGGAUGGCCGUGUGUCCUCUAAGGGGGUUCAUCUCAAGUCUUUUCUACAAAGCAAAACUUAUAUUGAUUUUAGGAUAUAAAUGGAAAUAAGCACUCAGGCUCAAAUACUUAAAUGUUCCCUUUCUCAAUUUGCUUUUCACUUGGUGUUACCUGUAACCUAGCAAGUGGCCCUGUGUUGCCACCGAGAACCUCUUGAGGCUGA